CUCUUCUCCCGCUCCCCCGCCUCGCCUCAGAUCUCGCGGGAGCUCGUCCGAGGCAGCGGCCGGGCAACAUGGCGGACGAGGAGGUGGUCAAACUGGAAAAACACCUGAUGCUUCUCCGUCAGGAAUAUGUUAAGCUGCAGAAGAAGCUGACGGAGACGGAGCGGAAAUGCACGCUGCUGGCGGCACAGUCAAACAAGGAGAGCGCCAGCGACUCUUUCAUCAGCCGACUGCUUGCCAUCGUCGCUGACCUGUAUGAGCAGGAGCAGUACAGUGACCUGAAGAUAAAGGUUGGAGACAAGUGCAUCCGCGCUCACAAAUUUGUAUUGGCAGCCCGCAGCGAGACUUGGAGUCUGGCCAACCUGGUGUCGACCGAGGAGCUGGAUAUGUCAGAUGCUGACCCCGAGGUGGCUGUGGCAAUGCUGCGCUGGAUCUACACAGAUGAACUGGAGCUGCGCGAAGACGACGUGUUCCUGACAGAGCUGAUGAAGCUGGCAAACCGGUUUCAGCUGCAGCUGCUCAGAGAGAGGUGUGAAAAAGGAGUCAUGUCACUUGUAAAUGUUAGGAACUGCAUCCGAUUCUAUCAAACUGCCGAAGAGCUGAAUGCCAGCACCUUGAUGAACUACUGUGCGGAGAUCAUCGCUAGUCAUUGGGAUGAUUUGAGGAAAGAAGACUUCAGCAGUAUGAGCGCCCAGCUCUUAUAUAAGAUGUUCAAAUCGAAAACGGAGUUCCCGUUGCACAAAGCUAUUAAAGUGGAGAGAGAAGACGUUGUUUUCCUGUACCUUAUUGAGAUGGAUGCACAGCUGCCUGGGAAGCUAAACGAACUGGACCACCACGGGGACCUCGCGCUUGACCUAGCGCUCUCCCGGCGCCUGGAAGGCAUCGCCACCACCCUGGUUAAUUACAAAGCCGAUGUUGACAUGGUGGACAAGAAGGGCUGGAGCCUGCUGCAUAAAGCUAUUCAAAGGGGAGACAAAUUUGCUGCUAAUUUCCUCAUUAAAAAUGGUGCCCGGGUGAACGCGGCAACGUUGGGUGACCAGGAGACUCCUCUGCACCUUGUGGCAUCUUAUAGCCCCAAGAAGCACAAGCCGGACAUCAUGGCCGAGAUGGCCGAGAUCGCCGAGUCUCUCUUAAAGGCCGGAGCCAACCCAAACAUGCAGGACGGCAAAGGAAGAACACCACUGCACGCCUCCAUCAUUGUGAAAAAUGACCAAGUAUUCAGUCAGCUACUCCAGUGCAAGCAACUUGAUUUGGAACUGAAGGACCACGAAGGGAGCACAGCCCUGUGGCUUGCAGUUCAGUACAUCACCGUGUCUUCUGACCCUUCUGUCAAUCCCUUUGAGGAUGCCCCGGUGGAGAAUGGCACCUCUUUCGACGAGAACAGCUUUGCAGCCCGGCUCAUCCAGCGAGGCAGCAAUACAGAUGCUCCGGAUACAGUGACAGGGAACUGCUUGCUGCAGAGAGCUGCCGGGACAGGAAACGAGGCUGCAGCUCUCUUCCUGGCCACGCACGGGGCCAAAGUCAACCAUAGGAAUAAAUGGGGGGAGACACCACUGCACACCGCCUGCCGGCAUGGUCUGGCCAGUCUCACGGCAGAGCUCUUGCAGCAGGGAGCCAACCCGAAUAUCCAGACGGAGAAAGCGGCGCCCGCCCAGAAGGGGACCUCAGGACCCACCACAGCAGAGGGCGUCAGCCUGCAGACACCUCUUCACAUGGCCAUCGCCUAUAACCACCCAGAUGUGGUGUCUGUCAUCCUGGAACAAAAAGCUAAUGCUCUUCACGCCACCAACAAUCUGCAGAUCAUUCCUGACUUCAGCCUCAAGGACUCCAGAGACCAGACAGUACUGGGAUUGGCCUUGUGGACAGGCAUGCACACCAUUGCGGCCCAGCUGCUCGGAUCGGGGGCCUCCAUCAACGACACCAUGUCGGACGGGCAGACCCUGCUGCACAUGGCGAUCCAGCGGCAGGACAGCAAAAGCGCCCUCUUCCUCCUGGAGCACCAAGCUGACAUCAGCGUCAGGACUCGUGAUGGGGAGACGGCUCUGCAGUUGGCCAUCAAGAACCAGCUUCCUCUUGUGGUUGACGCCAUCUGCACCAGAGGAGCGGACAUGUCUGUGCCAGAUGAGAGAGGGAAUCCCCCACUUUGGCUUGCUCUUGAAAACAACCUGGAAGACAUUGCUUCCACUCUGGUGAGACACGGCUGCGAUGCGACCUGCUGGGGCCCAGGGCCUAGUGGCUGUCUGCAGACCCUGCUGCACAGAGCCAUCGAUGAGAACAGUGAGCAGAUCGCCUGCUUCCUUGUCCGCAGCGGCUGUGACGUCAACAGCCCGAGGCAGCCAGGAGCCAAUGGGGAGGGCGAUGAAGAAGCCCACGACGGACAAACGCCAUUGCACCUGGCAGCCUGCUGGGGCCUCGAAGAAACGGUGCAGUGCCUUCUGGAGUUUGGCGCCAAUGUCAAUGCACAGGAUGCGGAAGGAAGAACGCCGAUCCACAUUGCCAUAAUCAACCAGCACGGGGUCAUCAUCCAGUUGCUGAUUGCACACCCCGCGAUCCAGCUCGGCGCACGGGACCGACAAGGGCUGACCCCGUUUGCCUGCGCCAUGAUGCAUAAGAACAACAAGGCCGCCGAGGCCAUCUUGAAGCGGGAGCCGGGAGCCGCCGAGCAGGUGGACAACAAAGGCCGAAACUUCCUCCAUGUGGCUGUUCAGAACUCCGAUAUCGAGAGCGUACUGUUCUUGAUCAGUGUUCAGGCCAACGUAAAUUCCCGGGUCCAGGAUGCCUCCAAGCUGACUCCGCUGCAUCUCGCUGUGCAAGCCGGCUCUGAAAUUAUAGUGCGGAAUCUGCUCCUCGCGGGCGCGAAAGUCAGCGAGCUGAACAAGCACCGGCAGACAGCCCUCCACCUCGCAGCCCAGCAGGACCUUCCCACCGUUUGCUCUGUGCUUCUUGAGAACGGAGUCGACUUCGCAGCGGUGGACGAGAACGGGAACAAUGCCCUCCACCUGGCGGUCAUGCAGGGACGCCUGACCAACAUCCGCGUCCUCCUGACGGAGUGCACGGUGGACGCCGAGGCCUUCAACGUCAGAGGGCAGUCCCCCAUGCACAUCCUGGGCCAGUACGGGAAGGACAACGCGGCGGCCAUCUUCGACCUCUUCCUGGAGUGCAUGCCAGAGUACCCUCUCGACAAGCCAGAUGCUGAAGGAAACACAGUGCUGCUCCUGGCCUACAUGAAGGGGAACGCCAACCUGUGCCGGGCCAUAGUGAGGGCCGGAGCGCGCCUGGGCGUCAGCAACAACCAGGGAGUCAACAUCUUCAACUACCAAGUGGCUACCAAGCAGCUGCUGUUCCGGCUUCUGGACAUGCUCUCCAAGGAACCUCCCUGGUGCGACGGCUCCAAUUGCUACGAAUGCAGUGCCAAGUUUGGGGUCACGACAAGGAAGCAUCACUGCCGGCACUGUGGGCGCCUGCUCUGCCACAAGUGCUCGACCAAGGAGAUCCCCAUCAUCAAAUUCGACUUGAACAAGCCCGUCCGCGUCUGCAAUAUAUGCUUCGACGUCUUGACGCUGGGUGGAGUGUCCUAGUCGCCCACAAGGAGAGGAACGCCUCGCAGGCCGAGCUUCUCCUUCCCCCCUCACAGCAGCGGCACGGCCAGUCGCCUCUCACAGGGACCAGGGAAGUGCAUACCGUGUCUCCUUGUUCCACUGAACUUUGAUCGAUUUAAGGGACCACAUGAACGCUAUAUUCCAAUAUAUAUAAAUAUAUACUUUUUGUAUGAAUGUUAAUAGUUGAUAGAAACUGGAUUGGGAGCAAAUAAGGACAGUUGCAUAGCUUCUGCAUGCAAGCCGUGGGCACGAAUGAGUUUCGCCCUGCGUCCUCUGGUGCAGGGCUUCGAGAGAGGAGAGGGUGCAUUUGCUGAUCAUGUGGCAGAAUAGGCCUGCCUUGGUAGGCUGUGAAGCUGUGACGGCUGCCUCGAAGCCCGAUCACAGGGGUCUUUAAAAAAGAAAUUGCUAGCACUUAAAAUCCUGGGCCACUUUGAGCGGUGAUGUCCCUUUUGUUUCCUUCCAGGAGAAAACAUUCUGGUUCGUGUUCUCUCUCUCUCUGUCGUAAAGUGGGCCUCUGUACCAUGCACAGGAACCGCCCCUUCUUGUCCAUACAGGGUUUUGUUUAAUGCAUUGCAAUUUUUUUUAAGGUGGCCUUAGGACAAAAGCUUUAGUUUCUCCUGUUGAAAUGGAGCCUGAAUUACUGCUCCCGUGUCUUCAGAACCUUCCUCUCCCCCACCCUCCCAUUUCUUCCCCACAGACCGGGGAGAGAUGAGACCAGCUUCCAAACCGGACUGCACUGCGCCCCCUCAGAGGAAGGAAUAAGCCCUGGGCCGGUCCUUUGACAGCAUAUCAGUGACUUAGCAAGUUGUCGUAUGUUUACACUAACACUGGAGUGGGAGGUUCUGGAGACGGCACCUCUCAUGGGUGGCCAGGCAGUGACACAGGGCCGAGAGCACCGUGCACGAGGGGAAGGUGGCCAUCCUGUCACAGUGGCGUCACAGCUGCCCCUCUGCUCACAAGCCUUGGGUAGCCACGUUGGCAUUUUGCAGAAAAUGGUAGCGAUUUCACCUCACCCGGGAGCUCUGCAGGCAGUCCCCACACCCACCCCCACCCACCCCUGCAUUUCAGUGCCAGAUAGAAGUGGCGUGGCUUCCGGUCGCUCCUUUCACACAACCCACAUGCCUCCACACAUUCUCUGCUCAGGGUCUGACGACAUGUUGUGCUGUCUCUCCCAUGCCGUGGUGCCCCCCCCCCCCCAAAGCAGACCUUUGAAACACAAGAAGCGGUGUUGACAACUGCGGUAAACAAAAUCCUAUGGGGGUCAAACUACCACGUACUUUAGAAAAGCUUUUUGCCUUCUUAAAAGCAGGUCAAAACCCUGGAAGAGUUUCCCUGUUCUAUGAAUGAACCAGUUGGGACAUGCGUCCCUUAACCUUCAGUAACCCCUACUUUUGUGUGGGGGGGGGGGGGGGGGGGGGGGGGGUAAGGGGUCGGAAGAGGAAACAUUCAUAAAUUCAGACCAUGUGCUUUCUCUUCUCCCACCCCUUUCUAGAAUACUAACGUGUCCCGUAAUGUAUAUGUAAAAAGAGCUGAAACCACAGUGCUACUUUUUUAUAUUUCUGUGAUUUAUAGGAUAUAAUGGCUUUGUAUGUUAAGUAAAAUCUUGGGUAUGUGCAGUAUGAGACAGCCUUUUUGUAGGGGGAAAACGCAGAAAUUGAUUUCAAACAGUACAUUUCAAAUUGGAUCCCAAGUUCGCUGCUUUGCCCUUCCGCCUGCCCCUGGUUGGGAAACGGGAACUCCGUUCUCUCUGCGGUGGGAUCCUGGAUUUGGCGCUUCAUGUUCUUUUCCUACUCCCGUCUGGGUUGCUCUCCUUCCAGCUCUGAAAGAAUGAGCCCUGGCGCCCUUGGCACGGUCUCUUCACCUCCGUGGAACAAGCUCCUGCAGGGUUGUCCUUGGCGGCAGGCCAGUUCCAGAGGAGAAUCCCGUAUUGCCCUUGGGAAAAGUCUUGUGCUUGGUCUGUCCGAGCCACAUUAACACUAGACAGCCUUCUGCGUGCGGCAUGAGCUUGGUAAUCCAUCCCAUGACAGAUGACUGUUUCUCAGAACCAGCUUUCUGCACAUUUGCCUAACCGGCGAAUGGGGUAGAGAAGGAACCCUUUUGGCUCAAGCUUAUAUAAAAAUGGUUUGACUGUCGAACUGCCCUGACAGGGAAUGGGAAUAUGGAAUUCCCCUGUAUGACGCUUGGUCCUUGGGCAGUGCAUUCGGGUUCCUGGCGGACUUGGGCUGGGUUGCACAAAAACGGUCACUGUAAAGCACUUUUAAUAAAACAUUUACGUCUGAGCCUACACAACUGACUGGCCCCAGUUUGUGUCACCGGAAAAAUUCUGUUGCUAGUCAGUGCAUGGAUAUACUCCUCGAGGACAUGACUCUUCAGUAGCUUUUACAUUACGGUACCUCAGGAGGCUGCAUUGUUAAUUCCAGUAGCUUAAAUUUGUUGAUACAAAAGUGCUUUCUUGCAGCAGGAGAAAAAAUACACCUCUACAGAGGAUCAGAGUUGCUCAAAAUGUUGCCUGGGUGUAGCUUCCUCUAGAACCUCUUAAGUUGGCUUGCUAGGAGAUGGAACCCGAAAGAAACAGACUUGGAGGGUGCUCAGUGCUUCCCUUUCUUGACUGUGUUUUCAUGAGAAGUUUGACAAGUGAGGCAUAUUUGUAAUGCGGAAGGUUGCUCGGCUGUCCAUUAGGCCGUCGUAGGCUUCUUGGAACUUCUCUGGCAUCUUCCUCUGGCUUUGUCAUCACGGUGAAGGCUGGACAGAAAUUUCAAUCUUAGUCUCUGCCGCUGCUGUAAAAGAGCCCAACCUUGUAGCUGUCCAAGAUCCACUGUGCCAAAAGUUUCGGUCCCCAUCUUUGCUGUCACGCGUUAUGCAGGACAGGUUCUUCUUUGCUGCAGGGUGGCCACUGUAACAGCUGGGUAGCGUCUUGCCUCAGCAGGCCAGCGUUAGCCCAAGUCUGACUUGCAUCUGGGUUAAACCCAGGCUUAGGGCUGUUUAGAAUGGCUUGGAGAUGCCACGUUCUUUUAGGGCAAGCUUACUGUUCGGUCUUCCAAGUAUCUGGGUCAUUUUGAUAACCUGUUUGAGCAUUGCACGUGUUACACAUUAAGGUGGUGUGUGUGCUUUAAAAGCAGUUAUGAAAGGCUGACACAGGUGAUCCCUGGAGGUUAGGAAUCUGUUGAGCUGGCGCUGAUGCAACUUAAACUGGAUGCCCCCUUCACACACUUAGCUGAGCCAUCUUUCUCCAUCAAGCAAAGGUCCAGCCACAACGUUUAUCAGGUUGCUUCACCUACCUGAAUACUAACAAAGGAUUAACAUUGUUUUGCAAAAAGGGAAAUAGAAACUUAGUUUUGCUUGUAAACUGGCUGGCUUGCAAAGCUUUCUACAUGUCUCAGAAAUCUUUCCUAGAUUUGGUUCUCAUCAGGAGCAGCUGAACGGAUAAAACUGUCCAUGCUCCACCACAGGCUAAGAGGUGCGGGUUUCACGCAAUGGAAUGCUUCCCCAUAUACUGUAGGGUCCCUUAGUAGUGGGGAACCAGCGUCCCCCAGAGGUUAUUGGAUUACAUCAGCUACAGCCUGUACAGGUAAUAGCCAGGUGAUGGGGCAUGUAGUCUUCCAAAUGUAUUGGACUACAGAUACCAGGAGGGGUUCUUGCCUAGCUAUUACCAGGUUCAUUUUAUGGGGUAACAGGCCUGUCAAGUCCCUGUUUGCCACCUGUUCUCGAGAACAAGGUCCUAAUCUUAGAACGAGAGUUUCCAUAGUCUUAUUAACUCUCUUGGCGAUGGAUUUGUCCUGGAGUGGGUUUCUUGCAAUAACGGGGCCUUGAGAACAAGCAGAGAAUCACUGAGAUUUUUAUUAUUAUUAUUCUGCAAAUUUUCCCCUUAAGCCCUUGGAAAGCCAUGUAUUUUUCCAAUAUUUAUAUGCCAACAUGUAACUACUUGUAAUAAAGAAACCUAACUCAA